AUGGGGUUUAAGCAGUCCAAACCAAUACACUAUCCUCCAACAAGAAGGAAGAAUCGCAGAGAGAUCCAUGCUUUGAGUAGUAGUGAGGAUGACUCGGAUAUUCCAAAAGCCUUCUGUCCCUCAAGAGAAGAAGAAUUAAGGAAACGUUCCACUCAUUCGCUCGAGUUGAAGAAGAACAAGUUGCCCAUGCUCCGGACGAAUUCUUCCCCUCUUGAGAUUGUAAAGAAAUCGUUCAAAGAGAAUUUCCAUAAACGAUCCAAAUCCAUGCCUUAUCGAGUUUUCCCAGUGGAUGCCAACGAGGAUGAGAUUGAUCGAUUAAUCUCAUGGGAAGGAUCGGUGCGUGUCGAUACUUCUCCCAUAUUUCCAAUUCGUAAAGGAUCGAGAAAAAGUGUAUGCGAAGUGGCCAUUGUCAUAACCCCUCCAACAAAUCCUCCACAUUUCCAUCAUUUGUCCCCGACGUCGAUGAGUCACAAUGAACCCUUGAGAGCUCUCUUGCGAUAA